AUGAUUGAUAUAAUCGUCUUCAAAGUCACGAAGCGAGAGUGCGGGGUUUCAGCGCCGCAACUUCGGGGCCCCACAGACCUGGGGAAGAACUACGAGCCUGCGCGGACUGUAGCCACCAAUGCUCGCUCUCCCCCCUCCCCCCACCUAGCCUCCGAGCUCCAGCCAGCUGUCACACAGCGGGUUAAGAGGGCUGAGGAGGAGGGUGACAUGGACGAGGAGGACGUGUUCCUGGCGUUUGCCCGGAGGCCCUCUCCUCCCAGGGGUCCCCUGCGGCAGGCCAUGGACAAGGCCUUCUUUAUCUUCCUGGUCCUCAUCCUGACACUACUGACGCUGGAGGCUGUUUAUAAGCUGCUGUGGCUGUUACCAUGGGCAAAGUUUGGGGACUGGCUCCUGAGAACACCUCAGAUGGAGGAGGAGCUGGAACUGUGACCGCCUUUCCUAUAAACGUCCUCUUUCCCUGCCACAGAGCUCUCUCAGAGGAAGAGGACGAGAGAGACUCGAGGUAUUUUACGAGCCUCAUUUCGUCUCACAGCCUUCACAGCGGCAAUUGGCACAGAUUCUUCUCAGAACCCCCUC